AUGUCUAAAGAAGAAACUCCCACAAAAAUAAAAUCCUCUAAAAGUUUGGAGGCGGUAGAUGAUAAAAAAGAAAUUAAUCAUUUCGAUCAAAAAAAUGGUAAGGCAUCCAUAAAUGCUGCACCAAUCAAAUUAAAUGGACAAUCAAAUAAUUAUAAGACAGAAGAAAUUAAGAAUGGUGUUGCUAAUAACAAUAAACCUUUGUCGAAAGUACCGCCACCACCAAUACCACAUGUCAAUGUUAAUCAAUUACCGGUUUCAGUCUUAAUCAGAAAUUUAACCAUAUAUGCAGUCAAAGAAAUGGACCAAUUUUUCAAACUUAACCAUCAUAGUUUAAAUUCCAAUAAGAGAACUGCCUUCCUACAAUUAAUCAUAUAUUUAAGAAACCAAUUCUUAAGAAUAUAUGUUUUGAUUAAAUGGUGUAAAACCAUAAAGAAAAACAAUUUCCAUCUUUUAAUCGAUUUAUUGAAUUAUUUUAGAACUUAUAAUAUGCAUGUUAAUAACUGUAUCUGGGCAUUAAAAAACGGCAUUAUGGCCAGUAUGACCAAUGCUAAGAUUCCUAAUCCAGAUUUAAAGACUGCUUUAGAAGUAUUUACAUUGGGUAGACCAAAUUUAACCACCUAUAAUAUAAUUGGCAGUGUUAGUAAUAUAAAUGGAGGUGUCGAAAAAACUAUUCCACUGGAUUUGAUUUUAAAAAGAAUUAAAGAUUUAAAUGUUUUAUUAUCAAUUAGAAUCACUAUGAUGGAGGUCCCGUUAAAAUUCAAAAAUUACCAAAUCAAAGAUGGUAGAAUUAUUAUUGUAGUUCCUGGUGAAUAUGAAUUACAAAUUUCUACAGUCACUUCCAAGUCACCAUUCUAUUUUGUAAACUUCAGACUUUUGUUACUAUCUGAUGAAGAAGAGGGUGAAGGAACAGAAAAUACCAAUGGAGGUAGUGGUAUUACUUCAGGCAAAGAGUCUUCUUUGCUUGGGAACCAUUAUUAUUAUAAUAACAGCAAUGCUGGCAAAAAUUCUAAUCUGGAAAAAAUUGCCAACGAUUUGUUACUAAAGGAAAAAGACGAUGUUUCUUCACUUUAUCGUUUGGAAAAUUUCUUAGAUAAGUAUAUGAUUUCAUUGAAGUUGUACUUACUUCAUAAAAAUUUGAAUAAACUCGCCAAAACAAAAUAUGCCAAAAAUAUGAUUCACAAAUAUGAUCAAAAAAGAUCGCUAAUAACUUUAAAGUAUUGGGUUAAUUCGAGAAUUGCACUUCCUUCAGAUACCAGUAUUACCAUUGGUAUCAGUAAGGAUACCGGUAAUUUAAUAUUAAAAUGGAAUAUUAACAAAAACCUACCUUUUGCCGAUGUACCGACCGUUUAUGCAGAAAAUAUCUUGACUACACUCCCUGAUAUCAUCGAUGAGAUCAUUUUUAAUCACAUUCAAAUCAUAAAACAUAAUUUAAUGUCUAUUGACACAGGGUUGUUUUCAAAUUCUGGUGGUGAAGAUGCUGCUAGUAACAAUACUGAAAUGGACAAUACAAAUGCUAUGUUAUUGCUGGAUAUCAACAAGUCAGGCAAUGCUCCGGGACAUAAUAUUGAUAAUACAGAUGAUAAGGAAGUCACAUUAACUUUUUACAUACCAGUAACUUGCACAACUAAUAUGCCUGUGAAGUUGAAAAUUAAUCCGACAACUGGUCUACUAUAUUUUAAAAACCCCAAUUCCUCACUAUUACUUGCAUACAUCGACAAAUUGAAUAGAAGCAUUAUGACGCCACAUCAAUUAAUUAAAAUGUUGCAUGGUCUAAAAUUGGAUAAAAUUGUCCAAACAUUGUCGGAUAUGUUUAAUAGAUCCAAUUGGGUUGUAUUUAACAGUGAGGAAAUUAAAUUACCCGCAGAGAAAUUGCAUCCGCAUCAUCAGAAUAUUGAUAGUGAUAAUAAGGAUAGUGAUGUUUUAAUCAAGGACCUAUUUAUCAGGUUAAACACGUGGCCGGUUAACUGGUAUUUAAUUAUGAGCGUAAUAUCAUUAUCCACCUCAUGUUAUGUUGAAAAAAAAAUUUGCAAGAUUGUUUCCAAGGGGGGGACUUGGCACUUGAAUUAUAUUUCAGAUGAUGGUGGUCCCAUGAAAUUGGAGCAUAUUAGUUAUCAAAGAAUUGAGUACUUGUCUACUAAUAUUUUGGCAAAAAUUAUCAACCAUAUAAUCAUAGAUUCAUUAAAUGAAUUGGGCAUAGAAAAAAUUAUUAUUCCAGCUAGCAUGUAUGGUAUUUUACCAAAUUAUGUUUCUCAGAUCUCAAAGAACGGUAGAUCGUCUGUACUUGCCAUUGGUUUGCAAACUCUAUUGGCAGCACCUUUGCCAUUAGCCUUGUCUGCUAGUUCUAAAGAUAGGAAAGCUGAGCAGCUGGAAACUACAAAAGAAUAUAAUACUAAGAUUAGUGGGACUCUAGAUGAUAGCAUUUUUUUGAUAAUCGAUCAUAGUAAUAACCAUACUUUGAGUUUGUUUGGUAAAUUUAGAACUUUUUUUGAUACGCAUCUGCUACGCCGUUGUGAUUGUAGUGAUUUGAUGAUUAAAUUUAUUGAUAAUCAAUGUUUUAUUAUGUCUACAGAGUAUUCUAAACAAGAAAAGGGUGAUAAUGUAGAUUAUAAGGAUAGCACUGAUGAACUGGGAGGGGAUGGUGGCAAUACUAACGUUACUGUUAAAUCCAGUGAGGUUAAAGGCAAGUUAGAUGAUUUUCAUAUAACUUUGGAGAAUUUAAGUAAUAUUAAGGAUCAAUUGCUUCGAUUUAGGCAAAAAUUAAAACACUUAGUAGUGUUAAGUGAUGUUAUCAAUAGAUUGACUAAUAGUUUUCAGUCGUCUCAUUUUCAAAUUGUGACCCUAAAACCAAAUCAAAUAUCUUUCAACUAUCUACCACGCGAAGAAAUCACUGGUGCCACUGGCGAUAAAGAAUUAAAACCUUUUUCACAUACCUCGGGUUCAAAUUGUAAUGCCUUUAGUGACUGCACCCUUGUAAUAUCGAACAAUGAUAAUGAUAACACCGAUAAGAAUUUGGAGUUUAAUUUGGACCCACUUAAUCCACAAGCGGUAUUACUCCCCUUAUUAAGGGAGGGGCACUAUGAGCACGAUUUUAUUUUCAAAUAUUUCCAGUUUACUUCAAAAAUUUUUGUUUUGCUAGAAGCUUAUUUGAAAAAAUCAGUCAAAAAUAAAAUUUGUUUAUAUUUUAAAUUGCAUAAUUUAUCACAUUUUGAGCUAGUAUAUGUGUAUCCCCAACAAAGCGGUGCUAUCAAUAAUACGGAAUCAAGUGGGAAGAUUGUAUUAGAUAUUGAGAUCAAGAAGAUAGUAAAAAGAAAACAACAACUUCUGCAAUACUACAUUCAUUUUGGUAACGAUGAAAGAUUGACAUCAAAAUUUACCAAUAAGGGAAAUAGUGCUAAUGAUUUUGUAGUUGGGGUAACGCAAAGGGUAACAGAGACAUGCUUUUUAAUAAAAUCUAAAUUAGCAAAUAGUAAUGAUGGUGAUGUUUGUAAAUUUCCUGGCACUAACAGUGUUGUUAAGUUAGAGAAUGGGGUAUGCUGUGAUGAAAAAGAUGUAGGAAUUGUUUUAAGUGAAAUACAUAAGAUUUUGGUACAAUAA